AUGGUGAUGAGUGCUCUGUUUCACUCACUCUUCAGGCCAGGAAGGAGUUGCGUGUUCAUUGGGGUAGGGUCGCUGUUCCUCCUCUAGAUAAUCUUGGGCCAGGCCAGGACACCAAGCAGGGACCAUGCCUGUGUUGAUACCCCCAGUUGAGCAUAGCCCGGACGUGUAUGUUGGCCCUCCAGCAUGGCGCGAGGCUGCCAAAGCCAUUAUACAGAAGGCACACGAGCUGAACGAUCGCUGCGGACAGGAGGCAGUGACCAUGUGGCAACCCAAGGACGACGUGCAGGACCCUCACAUGGCGCGCCACCUCUGCCGGGCAGCCUACAUUCUGCCCUGGCGCUUCCGCGUGGAAAUGCUCAAAGGUGGUGGCACCAUGGAGCAGCCACCGCCCGGCGAGGGCGUUACUUUGUGGAAGAACAAGAUGAAGCCCCCUGCCUGGCACGCCCGCCUACCACUGCCCAUGCACCGCGACGCGCGAGCCCUACAGACGGCAGAGGUGGUGCACGCGCACGCUCGGGGGGCGCGCCUCACCGCCGCCCGCCUCGGCCGUGCGCAGCAGCAGAUCAAUGGGCAGAUGCGGCUGCUGCAGCGUCAGCGAGAGGCUACCGACCACAGGCUCAGCGAAGUGCGCAAGGGACUGCUUAUUAAUCAGCAGAGCGUCAAACUGCGGGGCUACCGGCCCAAGUCUGAGAAGAUCCCUGACAAAGCUGACACUAUGCUUACCUGGGAAAAAGAGGAGCUGAAGAGUAUGAAGAGGAAGAUGGAGAAAGAUAUGGAAAAAUCAGAGGCCCUGCUCAAGACCCUGGCCUCCUGCCGUGAAACUCUGAUCUUCUGCUGUGAGGAGAGGCUCCAAGCUGUGGAGUUAAUGAACCAGCCACUGGACAAGGUUCUGGAGCAGGCCUGCCGCCACUCUUGGGUGAACCUCUCCAGAGUUCCCACCCCUCGCACUCAGGGCUUGAAAACUCCACCUCCAGACCCUGUGGGCACCUAUACUCCAGAGUGCGCCGCUGUACUGUAUGAAGCCAAGCAACUGCUGAUGGAGUCUAAGGACACUUUGCUAGAUAUGGCAAAGAACGAGGAGGACAUCCGGGAACAACAACAGCAGAUAAGCGAUCGCGUGUGCGCCUCGAUAGCACAAAAAAUGCGUGAGACUUUGGAGCUGAAGGAUAAAAUGAACAUGACCUUAGGACUGAUGAGGAGAACUAUCCACCGGUGCACAAAAUUCAACCAGGAGAUGUACAUCACCCGCGGCCUCACCAAGGGUCCUCUGUCUAAAACUCACCUGGAGACUCGAGAGAAACUGGACAGACCUCUGGUUCGUGUAUACCAGAGACACGUGGGCACCCAACUCCCAGAAGCCACGCGCCUUGCCCAGGGCACUGACAAGCUGCAGCGCCACAUCUCCCUUGCGGAAAAGAAUCUGAAGGAGCUCCUUGCUGCGCGCAAGAACCUCACCUGGAGCCUGAACUGCAAGAAGAUUGGGCAUGAAGUGGACGACAACGUGGUGCGCCUGCGCCUCCGCCAACGGCACCCACAAGUGUGCUACGAGCAAGCGCAACGCCUAGUCAGCGACUGGGACCCACGCACGCCGCCGCGCUGGGAGUCCAGCGCCGCAGCCAAGUGACAGGAGCACCCCUGCCCCUAGCGGGCCACAGCCCAAUGGCCCCCUCUAUCUUCUGAUCCACUCUCCAUUGAGCGCCCUCUAACAGAAUUAUAACUAAAAAUAACAAUAAUUA